AUGGCUGUAAGCAUCGAUCGUUAUUUUGCUAUACAUAAACCAAUUCAUUCUAAAUUACUAUGUUCACAUAAACGCAUUUUACUCACAAUUGUCACCACUUGGCUAUUAUCAUUUUUCCUAAUGAUCCCAUUAAUUAUUCAUCAUCGAAUUGUGGAUCCAUUUGAUAUUACAAUUACAACAUGUGCCGAAGAAUGGCAUCGUAAUAUGAAUGCUCGACUAAUCUAUGAUUUUAUUCUACUCUUAGUAUUAUUCAUCAUUCCAUUAACAUUCAUGUCCUAUUGUUAUAUCAAAAUUAGUUGGUCAUUAUGGCAUAUUGAUCCAAAUGUAUCAAAAUCCAUUCAGACUUGGUCACAACAAAAGUCAAAUCGUUCAUUAACAACAACAUCUGAACAUCAAAAUAAUCAUAAUUUAUUGAUGGUUCAUACUCGUCCUUACUACAUCCACCAUCCGAAUAAUAAACUUAAACAUCAUAUCAUUGUAGAAAAUGGUUGCACAAAAGAUAAUGAAUAUCAAUCAUUAAUGCAACAAAAAAAUAAUCCAAGACUUAGUACAACAAUGACAAAUUUAACAAGAAAAUCUUUAUCAACAUCAGCUACGACCAACAUCAUCUCAAAUAAUUUAACACGUCGAUCAUCAUCAUUACUUACAAAUCAUCCACAACAUCGUCGUAUGAGCUUUGCAGGACAUAUUGAACAUAAUUAUUCCUGUCAACAACAAUCGCCACAAUUAAAGAAAUCAACCAUUGUUUCAUUACAAUGUUGCACAAAUGGAGGAGCUAAUGAUGGUGGACUGAGAGGAACAAGUAUGCCAAUAUUACAUGGUAGUAAUCGUUCUAUUACAGAAUUUGAAAGAGCAAACAGAUUUUCACAAAGCAGAAGACGAGUUAUUAAACUGUUAAUUACAUUAGUUAUUGUCUUCUUUGUUACUCGUUUACCAUCAAAUAUCAUUGGUAUUUAUAUUGAUAUUACUAGCGGUACAUUUUUGCCUGAUGAUUACAAUUCAAAUCAAACAACAUCAUUAGAUCACCUAGAUAAAAAAAUGCUUUUAAUUCUAUAUGUUAAUCCACUCUUACAGUUAUUUUCGUUAGCCAAUUCUGCCAUCAAUCCCAUAUGUUACUGUAUCAUGAGUCGUGCAAUUGGAAAUAUUAUUGCUUUAAUUCGUGAACGUUGUCACCGACGAAAAAAAGCAUCAUCGUUAACAUUAAUUCAUCGUCAUCAACGACAGCCAAAACAACAAAAAACACUGCCAUCCGGUGCACUCAAAUUCUCAUUCAAAGCUUUACAAAGAACUUCUCUUUCUUAA